AUGUUACUCGCUCAAAGGCCGAUCCCAAUUCCUUCCCCCACCUCAUUCCCUUUCUCUCCAUCAUCCACCGUACUCCCUUCUACCGUCCCAGAAAAUGCACCGGAACAUUGUCCCGGCGUAGAAUCAUCCGACGCGGGUAAAGCGGAUGCAUGUGAAGGUUGUCCAAAUCAAGCAAUUUGUGCCGAAGGUCCUAAAGGUCCAGAUCCGGAUAUACCAUUGAUUCGAGAGAGGAUCAAGUCGGUGAAGAGGAAGGUUUUGGUCUUAUCUGGGAAAGGCGGAGUUGGUAAAAGUACUUUUACAGCUGGUUUGUCUUGGGCUUUAGCGGCCGAUGAGGAAUGUCAAACCGGAAUCAUGGACGUUGACAUUUGUGGACCUUCCAUACCCCUUCUCAUGGGAUUAUCAAAUUCUACCAUUCACACUUCUUCAUCCGGUUGGUCACCAGCAUACGCGCUCGAUAAUCUCGCCGUCAUGUCCAUAGGUUUCCUCCUCCCUUCUUCUUCCGACGCUGUCAUAUGGAGAGGUCCUAAGAAAAACGGAUUAAUCAAACAAUUCCUCAAAGAUGUCGAAUGGGGUGAUCUCGAUUACCUCAUAGUUGAUACACCACCAGGGACGAGUGAUGAACAUUUAAGUAUCGUACAAUAUCUCAAAGAAGCAGGUAUAGACGGUGCUAUCUUAGUCACCACUCCUCAAGAAGUAGCAUUACAAGAUGUGAGAAAAGAAAUUGAUUUUUGUAGGAAAGUAGGGAUACCUAUCUUAGGUUUGGUGGAGAAUAUGUCAGGUUUCGUUUGUCCUAAAUGUAAUGGUGAAAGCGAGAUUUUCGCCCCUACGACAGGAGGAGCUGAAGCUAUGGGUAAAGAAUUAGGAAUUGAGGUUUUGGGAAAAGUACCUUUAGAUCCUAGGAUAGGUAUGACAGGUGAUAGGGGUGUCAGUUUUUUAGAAGAAUAUCCUGAUAGUCCUGCCACAACGGCAUAUUUGGAUAUCGUACAAAGAGUUAGGGAGUUAUUAGGAGAU